AUGUCAGGGAGAGCCUCGAAUCAGGCUCCUGCUCGCUAUCGGCUCCGGGAGACGCCGAAGCCGUCUAGCCGUCUUCAACAUUAUGAUCCAACUCCGUCAAAGUCUUCACAGUCGUGAGUUUCUAUUUUUAUUUUCCUUGGUUUUUAGGUAUAGUUGCCUAUACAAUGUCUAUAAGUAAUAAUUCUAGCCGACCAAUCCGAAUGCCAGCCACGAUCUCCUAUCAGCGCCCACAAAAUACCACAACAACUCGAGUCUACAUGAGUGCAAUCCCGGUUGAUCAAAUGAAUGAGGAAGUGGUUGAAGAAGAGGUGGUCGCUUAUGAUCCCGAUGAUUAUGCCGACUAUCCACAACCUCGAGAGUAUCCCAUGUCCAUCGGAACGUUGGCAGCGACUUAUCCAUACAAUGAGCUCACCAAGUUCCUGAAGAGUAAUUUGAAAAGACUCAAGAACGUUCUUCACUACCCAAGGUCCAGAUUGUAAGUUUAUUUUUGUUGUUUUUGUUUCAAAUUUAGGGUAUCUUUGCAUAAUUGGCUCCUAGUACAAUAUAAAUUUUCUAUUUUGGUUGGAAAAUAGUACACUUGGCAUUCUUCCUAAGGCAAAUAAGGUCUAAUAACACACAUUGAUGCUCUUUUUCGUUUAUUUAGACCGCAUCUUUGUCCUUCACCAUGUAUAAUGUAAUCCUUCACCAAAAAUGUCAUCUUACUUUUUUCAGAUGGGUGAUUUCCGAGUUCUUCUACUCCGCCGUGGACCGUCAGAUCUUUCUCGACGAGAAUGAGUUCGUUCAGCUCAUUCAAGACACCUUCCCCAACCUCAAAACCUUCAAACUUCGACUCAGCGAAUGGCGUGAAAUUCGUCGAUUGAUCGGAAAACCCCGUCGAUUUUCGCAAAGCUUCCUCGAUGAGGAGCGCAGAGCCCUGAACUAUAAGAGAAAGAAGAUUCGACAGCUUUACAGUGGUCAGUGUUGUAGGUUGCCUCCGGACAAUGACCUCCCGAAGCGAUUGCCAAGACAAUAUGUGGUUGGAUGUAAGGUUUUUGCUCGGAUUCGUCAUCCAAAAGAGGGGAUCUAUGCUGGAACUAUUGAUGCGAUAUUGAAUGAGGGUUACAGAGUGGUUUUUGAGAAGGAGGAAAUGAUUCCCCCAUCUGUUGUACAGGUAAGCCCAUUUUAUAAAUUUUAUUUGGUUUUUAGGACACAGAAGUCAUGCCAGAAACCCCUCCGGAGCUUCUCAAUAUCUCCUACUUCCUGGAGAUGAACAAUGCCAACAAUAGCAAGAACUAUUCGUACCUCCAUAACCCCUUGACAAAACCCACUUUUGUUGUUGAUCCAAGGCAACACCGGGUAGUUUCGAUGGUCGGAGGACCAAAUCAGACUCCUACAUUCUCUUUCCAAGCAAGGCCGGCCGUUGGACGUAGGUUUUAGACUAAAAUUUUUUUUUGAAUUUUUUGGGAUUUUUUGAUUUUUAAAACUUGUUAUGAGGGGUUGUUUAUAAUUUUGAGGCUUCUAAUGAGACUUGUGAGGUAUCAAAUAAGAACUUCUUGAAUUUUUAUAGGUUGACUUGAUGAUUUGUACUUGAUGUGUAGUGUAAUAUAAAAUUUUCGUUUUUAUAUGACGAAAUAAUAUUUAUAUAUAAAAAUAAGUAAUAAAUUCAACUGUUUUGGCAUUUGAUAAUGUAUUCUUUCAGCCAGAGACGACAAAGUCGGCAAUUUCCCCCUCCGGAUGUUGGUCAUCAUGGUGAAGCUGUUCAAGGUCCUUUCCCACAAACAAACCCUCAUAAUGAACCUGAAGUUGAUGAAUGAUCGCGCCGAAAGACUUCAAAUGGUCUCUAAUAAGUAUCCCAUCACCUUCCAAGAGCGCUACGCCGAGAUCUUGACCGAACUUGAGCUGGCAAACCGGUUGUUGGACUCGUAUUUGAAUGGAAUUGAAGAAUACAACGAGUUGUUGGUCACGAAUUUGAAUGAGCCAUUGCCGUCGGACAAGCCGGAUCAGCUGAGAAAGCAUUCGCAAGCACAUUCUGCUCAGAUCGUCAAGCAUUGCAAUGCCAGCUUGCAUGUGAAAAAUAAGGAUGUUUUGGGUUUAAUCAGCCGAUUAACAGCGAUUUUGCUGCAGGUAAGUGGUAUGAGCAGCUGCUCAAGCUUGUUUAUCAAGUUAUUUUUUAUAUUGUUCAUGAUGUGCAAUAUAAUUUUUUUGAGAUUAGUCAAUGAAUUUGAGUUUAAAUGCAUCAAUGCUUUCUGUUCUUUUGCUGUGAAAAAGUAGAAAUGCGUUUGGCAGAUUUAUGUUUGAUUUUUGAACCAAAUUAUAUUAGUCAUCAUGGAUAAUAUAAAUUUUGAUAUAAUGGUUCCAUACAAGGUUUUAGCCAUAUAGAUUUAUCGUUUCUGUAAAGAUAUUGUCUUGUAGUUUGUAUGCGAAUUCAAAUUGGCGUCAUUCCUUUAGUUUUUUAAUCGAAUUCUACCCAGUUUAAGUCACCUAUCAAGGGUAGUGUCAUGAAUAAAAUUUCGACCUUUUCAGAUCCGACAACUCGGCCAAAACCGAAACCAGCACUCAAAUUACGAGCUGAAUGUGAUGGCGGAAUCUCUGAAUCAACUGAAGGCCACCGUCCACCCUCGGAACAUUGGAAUUUUCCAAGAUUGCGUGGAAAUCCACAUGAAACAAAUCUUUCUCAUGAUGAACAAAGGCAAAUCAUUUGUGUAA